AUGAGAGUGGGCUUUAAAGAAGGACAAGAAAUGGAGAAAAGGGAGAGGAGAUGGGAAGGGGAAGAGAAUGGUGAUGAGUUGGAGAGAAUAAGAGAUUUGCACGUGUUGGAAGAGGACUUGAAGCUUGUGGAUUUGUUCGUUUUGUGGGUGGUUUUGAUCAGGCUGUGGUGUAGAAGAGACUGCGGUGGAGAAAGGAACCGAGAAGGGAAUCGCUGA